AUGAACCGCCCAACCCAUGACAGCACCAGCAACGGUCCACCCAUGGCAGAUCAGUCCGCUCAACAUGGAGACGCCGACCAUGCUGUCACUCACGGGACCGCCCAUCACCCGGGUCAACUGGUCGGUACCCUUCCUCAGGGUGGCAACACCGGCACCCAGUACUGCCAAUUCUGCCAUGCCCCCAUGACCGCCUCCAACAGCCAUCAUGGGUGGAACAACAAGUGCAGCAACCAAGACUGCCACUGUGCUCGCCGCGGCAGCUUCUCCUGCCGCUGCCAGCCCGGAGCCAUCCAUCAACCUACCAGCUAUACCGCCAACAGGACUGGCGGGUAUACCCAGCCAGGCCAGAUGUACCAGGAUCGAUACGGUGCUGCCGACACCUAUGGCGCGAAUACGUCCCACUCUUGGGCACACCAAGGUGUCGUUCGACACUCUUCGUCGGUUGCCGCCGGGUACGGGUACCCCUAUGACACCGCCCACGCCCAGGUAUAUGGGCAUGGGCAUAGGCAUGAGUACGAUCCCUUCCCCUCUACGAGUUUAUACCAGGGGCUGGGCCCGGAGCAGGUGUACCAAGACACCCAACACAUCGGCAGCCACUUCGACGGCGUCAACCUCCCAGCCCUCUCACCAGAGGGACUCAUCGCCAUGAACCUCGUCCACGGCAACGGCAACGACAACGAGAACGAAGAAGACUUCGUCCCAGUCGAUAACCGCCAGGGGCGCAAACGUCAUUGA